AUUUAUUAAAAUUUUAAGUAAAGACAUUAACCAGAUUAGUGUUGAUUUUAUUGGCAAACGCAUGUUUACAAAUUAUUAUUCCUAAUUAAUAUCUUUUUUUUUUUUAAAAGGAUAACUUGAGAAUACAAAGGAGUGACGAUCGAUUUUUUGCACUACUUUUCGUGAUUAUUGACGUUUUAAUACACAAAAAAAAUUCAAAUUGAAAUUUAUUUCUUCAUGAGUUCAGAGAACAAAGACGUAAAUGGCGACUUAUCUUCUAGUGGCAAUGAAGAAGCGUCAUUAACUAGCAACGAUCUCGUAUAUCUACAAAGUCCUGCAACAUCAAGACCACCAAAUAAAGAUUACGAUAUGAAGCGAAAUGCAGUGAAAGCAUUGAUUGAACGAUAUUUUUAUCAGCUGCAGAGCGGCUGUGGUAAUCCAAAAUGCUCAAAUUCAUUUUGUGCUUCCAGUGGCAAAGUUGCACCUAUGACUCCUAACGAAAUAGCUGCUAAAGCCUUACAACUUGUAUCCCAGGAAGCAAAAUUAUGCGAUUUUGAUAAUCAUUUAGCAAAAAUAGCACGCACACAAAAUGAUUCGCCCACGACGAGUAGUUCAAAUGUAAGUUCAGCAACAACACCUAGUAAACAAGACUCUGAAAUGAUGGGCUCUAAUGAAAUAAAAUAUAGCGAAGGAAGUGGUAUGAGUGCACUUAUAAGAGCAAGUAGUUCAAGUUCAACAGUAUCUACUAAUACAAAUAUAUCUAGUUGUGCCACAGAAGAAGAACCAAUACCGCAUAUAAUACCAACAACUUCAUGUGCAUGGAUUCCGCAUAAUAUAGAAUUAAAUCAAAAUGUUACAAAUCCACCUAAAUCAUCUAUGCCCACUCAACCACCAAUAGAUUAUUUAGAUAAUAAAAUUUUAGAAGAAUUAAUUGAAGAAAGUACGCUAUGUAACAAUUUUGAGCGCUUAACCGAUGUUAUUAAAGAUGUGUUUGGUGACAUCAAUAAGCUUAGUAAGAGUUUUAUGCGCUCAUUGAACCAGAAAGAUUUAAAUUCAAGAGCAGCUACUUCUAAAAUACAAGCACUUCUGAGUAAAUCACCUAAAGACUUAAAGAAAGAAGAUUUACGAAUUUUAGAAGGUGAAACUGAGAAGGAUGAGGACAGUUCUGUUCAAGUAGAAGAAAAUGUUCCCACUUUAGAUGUUGUGGAGCCGAUGAAUACCGACGAAGUCUAUGAUGAUGAAAAUACUACAUUUCAAUCUAAUAGAAGUGAUACUAUGGUAGAUUUAGAAAGCUUAAGACAAAUCAAAAACAAACUUUUUGAUUUGGAUAAAUCGGAAAUACGAAUGGCCUUAAAUGAAGGAAUUUCAACAUUAAUAGAAAAAUUAAAAUUUUCUGUAACAUUUAAUUGGGAAAAUGUACUUCAUUGUUUUGUAAUACUUUUUGAUAUGCCAUUUGCUUCUAGUACCUUUGCUGAUAUGGAAUAUAUCGACCGAAACUUGCCAAAACUUUGCAGUGUCGCAAGAAUUUUACCUGUUUCGGCACAAGCCCGGUUAGCACGCAUUUGGGCAACAAAUUGUAGCGAUCUACUUUUAGCUUUGGUGCAAUGUUGUCAACAACUUAUAACUAUUCAGACUAUGUUUGAUGAAGAAAUGGCACAAGAAAAUCAAGAAAUUAUUUCAGUAACUAAAAUAUUAAAGAUUGCCUUCUAUGCCAACAUUUUGGCUAGUGAAUUAGAUACUCGUAAAUCUUUAGAUAGUCAAGAUGUAGAUGUGGUGUCAACUGUAAAUGAAGAUGAAGACGACAUAUUUAAUUAUAUGCAAGAACCUAAAGGAAAUGCACAUAAAUUUGCCGAAGAUCCUCUUGAAAAGGAACUAGGCAUUUCCAGUCUCGACUGCAGAGUACCAUUAGUGCCAUUAGAGGAAUUUUACAACGAGGCAUUUAGUGAAAUUAUACAAAUGGAUCGUGAUUAUAUGUCCUAUAGAAAUUUAUCAUUUGAUCCUAAUGGUCCUCAUUUCUCAUUCAUGCUGUAUUCAUUUAUUUUAACCCCCGCUACCAAAGUUAUUGCUCUAUAUUACGACAGUCGCAUAAGAAUGUUCAGCGAAAGAAAUUUAUCAUUAUAUACUAUGGUAAAUUAUAAUUCUGAAAGUAACCAUAGGCCAGAUUUGAAAUUAAGAAUUAAUCGUGAUAACAUAAUAUCUGAUGCAUUAAUUUGGUUGGAAAUGGUUGCGAUGUCAAAUCCUAAGGAUCUUAAGAAGCAAUUAGUUGUAGAAUUUAUCGGAGAACAAGGGAUUGAUGAAGGAGGUGUUUCUAAAGAGUUCUUUCAAUUGAUCGUUGAAGAAAUAUUCAAUCCAGAUUUCGGAAUGUUUACUCAGCAGAAAGAUACAAAUUAUGUAUGGUUUAACACUUCGCCAUAUGAAAAUGAUGCACAAUUUACCCUUGUUGGUAUUUUAUUAGGAUUAGCAAUUUACAACAAUAUUAUACUGGCUGUGAAUUUUCCAAUGGUUGUAUAUCGAAAAUUAAUGGGUGGUGUAGGUACAUUUUACGACUUAAAAGAUUGGAGUCCAAGUUUAUAUAGUGGUUUAAAAUCGAUGUUGGACUAUGAAGAAAUGGAUAUGGAAGAUACAUUUAUGCAAACAUUUCAAAUAAGAUACAACAAUGUUUUUGGAGAAGUGGUAGAGCACGAUUUAAGACUCGGUGGCAGUGAAAUCAUUGUAAAUCAGCAAAAUAAACAAGAGUUUGUUGACUUAUAUUGUGAUUUUCUUUUAAACAAAAGCAUUGAAAAACAGUUUAAAGCUUUUAAAAAAGGAUUUGAAAUGGUAACAGAUGAAUCACCUUUAAAAUUACUUUUUCGGCCAGAAGAAGUUGAAAUGUUAGUCUGCGGCAGUAGGAAAUUUGAUUUCAAUGAAUUAGAAAAAUCUACCGAAUACGAAGGUGGCUAUAGCAAAGAAACUCAAAUUAUAAAAGACUUUUGGAACAUUGUGCAUUCAAUGCCUGAAGAAGCCAAACGGAAAUUACUUGAAUUUACAACUGGUUCUGAUCGUGUACCUGUUGGUGGCCUAAGCCGUCUAAAAUUAUUAAUAACACGUAAUGGACCCGAUACGGAUCGAUUGCCCACCUCACAUACAUGUUUUAAUGUGCUCCUAUUACCUGAAUAUAAUAGUAAAGAGAAAUUAGAAGAACGAUUACUUAAAGCUAUUAACUAUUCGAAAGGUUUUGGAAUGUUGUAAUAAAUAAUUUAAUGUUAAUUUAUUGAAGACAACAGUAGGUAAAAUUAAAUUAGCUCAUCGUCU